CAGACAGUCUGCGUAGUUGGAUACCGAGAGGCGGUACGAAAUACUCACAGACUUUAGUUGAAUCGUCGGGAGCGAGGACUCCAACAGGUGCUAAACUCUUCCAAAAUGAGUGCUUACGGCGGCUCCAAUUCCAGAGUUAAUACUCUAGGACGGAGAGUUAAUUCAAGGCCAGAUCUGUCCGGUGGUUACAUGAUUGGGGGAAAUGGAUAUCAAACCGAGUAUUCGGAAUAUCAGCAUUUUUCGAAAGGCUCCUUGGGUGGUGGUGGUGGUGGUGGAGGAGGAGGAGGAGGAGGAGGACAAGGAUAUAAAUUGCAUAAAAGGGCUCAGAUGAUAAAUUCACAGUGCAUGGAAGCAUUGUUCAGAGCCAACCAGAUCUUUCUAAAUGAAGGGCCAUCGCCAGACAUGGCCAGGUCGAUGUCCAUGGCUGCUGAGUGCAUAGAGCAACUGAAGGCCAUUGCCAUGGAGCUACAGUCUUAUGGUCAGAACAAUGACAUGGUCCGAGGGAGCAUUUCAGAAGCCCAGAGGGCCAUGUCAGAGAUCCAGGUUGCUGCCGGUGGAACUGCUCCAAGGAAGAACCGUGGGAGCGUUGGCUGGGAGGAACCUAGCAAGAACUUCCUUGAUGCCAUGGCAUGGAUCAACCAACAGAAGCGGCUGAUUGAGAAGGCUCCGUUCGGUGAUGAUGCAGAGGCUAUUGAGCAGCAGAUAAUGAAGCAUGGCAAGUACCACAGCUCCCUGCAGCAGAGCAUUGAGGUGGACAGAGCACGUAACGAGCUGUUGCACAAGGGAGAUAAAGCUUCCCUUCAUGCUCUGGACCAAGAAUGGGACAGUUUACAGAAAAUGUCCUUCAACCGCACGGCUCAGCUGAGGGAGCUGCAGGGCAUCAUUGAGGAGAUCUCCAGAGCCAUCAUGUGGGUGAAUGAGCGUGAGGAGGAAGAGCUGGUGUUCGACUGGGGCGAAAAGAACAUUGACGUCUACAUUCCCAAAAAACAGGAAAGCUACUCUAAACUCAUGAGUGACCUGGAGGUUAAAGAGAAGGACUUGAACAAACUGAAGCAGAAAGUGGACUUCUUACUGAAAAACCACCACCCGGCCGCUGAUAAGAUAGAGGCUUACAUGGACACCCUGCAAACUCAGUGGAGCUGGCUUCUGCAGAUCACUAAGUGCAUCCAUUUCCACCUGAAGGAGAACGCUGCCUACAGCCAGUUCUUCAAAGAGGCCGGUGAGACCUACACCAAGCUUCAGAAGGAGCAUGAAAACAUCCGUAAAAAAUUCACCUGUGACAAAUCCACCCCCCUGGAGAACCUCACCGAUCUGCUACGCAAUCUGGAGAAAGAGAAAGAGAGGCUCAUGGAACACAAGAGGCAAGUGCAGACACUGGUCAACAAAUCCAAGAGCAUCGUCCGCCUGAAGCCUCGCAACCCAGUGGACAAGCUCAGCAGCCAAGUCAUUGUGGAGGCGCUGUGUGACUUCAAACAGGACCAGAAGGGCAUUCUGAAAGGAAACGAGGCCAUCCUGAAGGACAACUCACAGCGCAGCAAGUGGCAGGUGACCGGGCCAGGAGGACUGGAGAUGUUGAUCCCCUCUGUGUGCCUCAUGGUUCCACCCCCGAACCCUCUCAGCAUUGACCUGGCCAGCAAAAAUGAGCAGUAUUACGAGGCUAUCAUGAACAUCUGGAACCAGCUGUUCAUCAACAUCAAAAGCCUCAUGUCAUGGCAGUACUGCGUGAAAGACAUUAAUUACAUCAACUCCCUCACUCUCAACAUGUUAUCUACAAUGCGUCCUGAGGAGUACCGCAGCAUCAUCAAACGCCUGGAGACUCACUACCAGGAGUUCCUGCGCACCAGCCACGGUUCCGAGAUGUUCGGCGAGAAGGAAAAACAGGACAUUGAGACGCAGUACAAUGCGGCCCAGACUCACUACGACAAGCUGGUCAUCCAGAUCCCUACUCUGACCACCAAGAAGGAGGUGGUGGUGGUGAAGGAGCCGCCGCCCAAGGUGUCGGUGCUAAACGUGAGCAUCUUGUCAGAGCUGAACACGCUGCGUCAGCGCCUGGAUGCGGCCGAGCUGGGUCUGACCCACCAGCUGCACGUUCCCCUGAGAGAGAACAGUGUCCAGGAGUGCUCCCAGCGCCUUCUCCUCCUCCAGGGUGUUCACCAUGAUUUGGACGCCGUUCGCGAUGAAUACCUGAGGCUCCGGGAGAAGAUCCUGCACCAGCUGCAAGGGGCUGACCCAGAGCAGGCCAAGUACCUGCGCUCCCAGCUGGACAUCAUCAACCAGAAGCUGGGCAGUCUGCAGGGCUUCUCUGCUGCCUAUCUACAAAGGCUGACUGCUCUGAGGGCCUUGCUGCAAAGCCUUGUCCAGGCCGAGGAUAUCAUCAAGGUGCACGAAGCCCGCCUGACUGAGAAAGACACAUCCUCCCUGGAUGUGAAUGAAAAUGAGGACUACAGCAACACACUAAAGCAACUGAAGUCUGAGUUGGAGCUGAAGAAGGACGUGCUAAACACUAUGGAGUCCGAGCUGGGAAAGGCAGUGCACUGGAAUGGGCAGAUUGACCACUCCUUCCACCAGUGUGAUGUGGAUUUGUCCAAAUACGCCGACCUGGUAGGACAGAUGAUGGACCGCUGGCGUCGCAUCCAGACUCAGAUUGACAGCCGUGUGUGGGACCUGGAGAAGCAUGACAAGGAGCUGAAGCACUACCAGCAGACCAGCGGCCAGAUGAACAACUGGGUGGACGAUGCGCGCAAGCGUCUGGAUGCCCUGCAGGCAGCUAAGUUGAGAGACGUGCAGGCCCUCACAGAUCACCUCAACCAGCACAAGGUGCUUCAUGGUGAAAUCAAGGGAAAGAAGGAGAAGGUUGAAAACGUCCAGAAAGAUGCAGACAUAUGUGCCUCCUCCAUCAAGGAUUAUGAACUGCAGCUGGCCUCUUAUAGUGCUGGACUGGAGACACUCCUUAACAUUCCCAUCAAGAGAACCAUGCUACACUCUCCGGCUGUGGUCGUCAGAGAAGAGGCAGCAGAUCUGCAGUCUCGCUACAUUGAGCUGCUAACACGCUCCACAGAUUACCACAAGUACCUUGCAGAGUUGCUGAAAAAUAUGGAGGAACUUAAGAUAAAGAAUACAAAUAUUGACUACUUGGAAGAGCAAUUGAAACGCCUGAAGGAUGACCUUCGAGACAGAACCCAGAAGAAUCAGUCCCUGCAGGACAGUCUCUCUCGCUAUCAGCUAGAGCUCAACCAGUCCAAAGAGCAGCUAAUCACCAUUGAGGAAGUCAAGAGAGACGUCACCCGGCAGUGCAACGCCACCAGGGAGAACUUGGACAGCACCUCGAUGAAAGUGAGGGAUCUGAAUGACGAGAUUACUCGCCUCACCUAUCAGAUAGACGAGGAGAAACGUAAGAGGAAGCUGGCUGAGGAACGCUACACCAGCCAGCAGGAGGACUACGAGGCCGCCAUCCGCAAGAGGCAGAAGGAGCUGGACGAGCUCAACUGGGUCAAGAUCGACUUUGAGAAGUCCGUGAAGGACAAGGAGCGCGAGAUCGAGCGGCUGAAGAGGCAGCUGAAUGAAGAGGCCGCGCAGAGGAAGGCGGCCGAGUCCGAGACCUCAAAGGUAAGAGCCCAGUGCAGCCAGGAGAUAAGUAGCCUUAAGCAAACGUACGCAACAGAGAUCCAUGUUACCAAGACCAGCAUCCUCAAGACCACCCAACAGAAGGAGGAGGAUAUCAGUAGCCUGAGGCUGAGAUGUGACCAGCUGUCAGGGGAGAAGCGGGACAUGGAGGAAGAGCUCAGGAGACUGCAGUUGUCUCUGAGCCAGACGGACGAGGCUAGGCGGAAAGCCGAGGGCGAGGCCCACCAGCAAAGGUCAGCAGGUACCGAGGAGGGAAGACGUAGGAGGGAGCUGGAGAUCCAGAUUCAAACCAUCGUGCAGCAGAGGACAUCGGACGAGCAGAGACACAAGGAUGCCCUGGCCCAGGCUUUGAAGGACGCUCAGGAGAAGAACCGUCAAAUCAUGCUGCUCACAGAGAACCUGGAGGAAGAGACCCGUCGGCGUAAGGCGUUAGAGGCCGAAGGCCACACGCUGAAGCAGACUCAGGUGGAGCUGCAGAGCAAGAACGUCUCGUCGCUCGAGACCAUCAACAAGCUGAAGAUCUCCGACCAGGAACUGUGCCUGGUGCGCGUGGAGCUGGAGAAGCAGAAGAGUGAAAAGGAGCAGAUGGGCAAGUACAUCACUCAGAUGCAGACUCGCAUCACCGACCUGCAGGCCGUGGUGGACGGGCUGGAGGACGAGCUGGAGAAGGCGAAGAAGAGCCGACAAGACGAACUGACCCGCAGGAAGCGCUUGGAGACCGAACUGGAGCGUGUGAACCUGUCCUGCAAGGAGUACACCACCACCAUCAACAAACUCCGCGUGCAGCUGGAGGACGACUCCGCCUCGGAGCGCAGGGUGGAGCAGGACCUCCGUGCCGUCCAGGAGGCUCUGGACAAGAGCCUGAGGGAGCACAAGGCCACCACCGACAAGCUGAACACGCUAACCGCCGAGUUGAAGGCCCUGCAGCAGCAGCUGCUGCAGGAGCAGGCCCGAGUGCGCGAGGCCAACCAGCGCAACGAGACCCUGUACAAGACCAUCGAGGAGAAGAGCCACAUGCUCAACGCCAACGCCACAGAGAUCGAGAAACUCCAGAGCCUGACGCAGAGGCUGACCAAGGAGCGCAUAAAGCUGGAGGAAGAACUCCGUUCUGUUCGGCAGGAGAGAGAUGACCUGAAGAAGGGCAAGAAUGCCAGUGAAAGCGAGAGCUUGGCACAAAUAUCGGCCCUUCAGCUGCAGCUGCAGAACAGCACUAAAAUGUCUCUGGAACAUCAGACUCUCAUCAAUGAGUUAAAUAAAGAGAGAGAGGCAUUAAGGGUGGAAAUGUCCAAUAUCCAAAAGCAGGCCAUGGAGACAUCCAUGAUGAUACACGAGUCACAAACACACUACACUGAGGUUGUCCAGGAGAGAGAUAGCCUGCUGGCUAAGCUGAAGUUGCUGGAGCAAGACAAGGGGAAGUUGCAGAAGCUUGAAAAUGAGCUGAGUCGCAUCAAGGUUUCCAUGGAAUCUGAGCUACGCGUCAAGCAGCGGCUGCAGGACGAACUGGACAAGAUGACAAAGGACUUCAACUACUGGAAGAGUCAGUACGAGAUCAAAGAGAGACAGGUGUCCGAGUGCUCCACGGAGAAGGACAGGGCCACGAGGGACCGGGGCUCUCUCCAGAGCCAGGUGGAGCAGCUGAAGCUGGAGCUCAGAAGCCUGGAGGAGCGCUACAAGGGCAAGCUCCAGUGCUCCGAGAAGGAGAUCCUCAAGCUCAACCAGAGGAGAGAGGCUCUGGAGAGGGAGAUCAGAAAACUCCAGCAGCGUCCGGACGCCUUCUGCAAGCAAACGCAGACAGAGGAGAAAGUCACGAUGGUGGACCCGUCCAAGCUGCUCUUCGAUGGCGUGCGGCGCAAGGUCAGCGCGCACCAGCUGUGCGACUGUGGCAUCAUCGACAAAGCCACUCUGGACAAGCUGCUGAAGGGCCAGAAGACCGUCUCCGAGGUGGCCAUUGACAUUCAGCUCAACCUCAAGGGCACGGGGGUCAUCGCUGGUAUGGUGCAGGGCACCCAGGGCAGAAUGCCUUUCGCCGAAGCCAAGAGCCGAAAUAUGCUGAGCAACGAGAGCGCCAUCAUGCUGCUGGAAGCGCAGGCAGCCACCGGCCACAUUUGGGAUCCCAAGUUCGACGAGAAAAUGUCCGUGGACGCUGCAUGUUCCCGAGGUGUGGUGGAUACAGACGACAGAGACGUGUUGAUCACAGCUGAGGCAGCCAGCGUUGGGUUCAAAGACCCAUACACUGGAAAACUCCUUUCCGUUGGCCAGGCUUGCAAGAAAGGACACGUUGACAAGGAGACGACCUUGCGUCUUCUUCAAGCGCAGGAGUCCGUUGGUGGCAUCCUGGACCCCGCGCUGAGUGUGUACCUGACCAAGGAUGCAGCCCUCGAUCGCAAUCUGAUCGAUGAGGAGCUCUACAGGGCCCUGAACAAAAAACCUCCCUGCUACUUGGACCCAGACACACAGCAGAAGAUCACCUACACCGACUUAAAGAAAAAGUGCAGAAUGGAACCUGCCACGGGAAUGCUCCUGAUUCCAGCCAAAGACAAACCCCUGACAGUGAAAGGGCUCCGUGAUGUGGUCGCGAUCUCUGACCUGGUGGAAGCCAACUUGCUGGAUCAAAGUGAUGUGACAAAGUUAAACCAAGGAACCCUCACAAGUCAAGAUAUAGAAGAUAAGCUGAAGUCCUACUUGCAUGGAUCUGACUGCAUUGCAGGUAUCUAUGACGAGGCAAAUGACAGAGUUCUGUCCAUCUACCAGGCUAUGAAAGAGGGGCUCCUGAGACGAGGGACCACCCUGGAGCUUCUGGAGGCCCAGGCUGCUUCUGGGUUCAUGAUUGACCCGGUCAACAACAAGUCUCUGACCGUGGACGAAGCGCAUAAGAGAGGCCUAGUGGGCAAGGAGUACAAAGACAAGCUUCUCUCCGCAGAGAGGGCAGUCACCGGAUACAAAGAUCCGCACACAGGGAAUACCAUCUCACUUUUCCAGGCCAUUGAAAAAGAGCUCAUUGAGAAGGGUCAUGGUAUCAGGCUGCUGGAAGCUCAGAUUGCAAGCGGUGGCAUCAUCGAUCCUAUCCACAGCCACCGAAUCGAAGUGGAUAUGGCUUACAAGAGAGGCUACUUUGAUCGAGAGAUGAACGAGAUCCUGAGCUAUGACGGGGAUGACACCAAAGGCUUUUUUGACCCCAACACUCAUGAGAAUCUGACGUAUCUGCAGCUGAAGGACAGGUGCAUGAAAGACCCCAAGACAGGGCUCAUCCUCCUCCCCCUCAGAGACAAGAAGAAGGCGAAGCAGCAGCAGUCCUCGCAGAAGAACACGCUCCGCAAAAGAAGGGUGGUCAUUGUGGACCCUGACACAGGCAAAGAGAUGACUGUGCGGGAGGCCUACCACAGAGAGUUGAUCGACUAUGAGACCUUCCUGGAGCUAUCCGAACAAGAGUGCGAAUGGGAAGAGAUCACCAUCACGGCGUCCGAUGGCAGUGUCCGAUUGGUCAUUGUGGACCGCAAAACAGGCACUCAAUACGACGUCCAGGAGUCUCUAAAUCAGGGCGUUAUUAACCAGGCCACGUUUGACCAGUACCGCUCAGGGGCGCUGACUCUCACCCAGUUUGCUGACCUCCUGACCAAAGACGUCCAAAGCUCUGGGCUCACAAUCGUGUCCAGCAGCGCAGAGGACGUAGUCACGUGCAGCAGCCCCACACAGCUCACACCGUCCUCCCCCACCAUCCGCAAGCGCUUCGCCAGCGUCUCCAUCACCCUCUCUCCACCGGCCGAGAUGUUCGACGACCAGAGUCCCGUGGCGGCCAUCUUUGACACAGAGACCUUGGAGAAGAUCACCAUCCCUGAAGCACAGCGCCGCGGCAUCAUCGAUAACAUCACUGCCCAGAGGCUUCUGGAAGCGCAGGCCUGCACCGGGGGCAUCAUCAAUCCAGCCACCGGUCAGAGGCUCUCCCUGCAGGACGCCGUCCAACAGGGCAUCAUCGAGGACGACAUGGCCUCCAAGUUGAAGCCGGCACAGAAAGCCUACUCGGGUUUUGAGGACAUCAAAACAAAGAGGAAAAUGUCGGCCGCAGAGGCCAUGAAAGAGAAGUGGCUUCCUUACGAAGCUGGCCAGAGGUUCAUGGAGUUCCAGUAUGUGACAGGCGGUCUCAUGGAGCCAACCACUGGCCAGCGAGUCACCAUCGAGGAUGCCAUUCGCAGGGGAUGGCUAGAUGGGCGCAGCGCGCAGAAACUCCAAGACAGCAAGAGCUACCCCAAGAUGCUCACGUGCCCCAAGACCAAGCUGAAGAUCUCCUACAAAGACGCCAUGGACAACUGCAUGGUGGAGGAGAACAUGGGCAUGAAGAUGCUCCAGGCCUCCUCCAUGUCCACCAAGGGCAUCAGCAGCCCCUACAAUGUGUCGUCUGGACCCAGCUCCCGGUCAGGCUCCAGGGCCGGCUCUCGCUCCGGCUCUCGCAGGGGAAGUGUGGACUACUCCUCCUCAUACAGUUACAACUACAGCAGCAGCUCCAAAAGUUUCAGCGCCGGCUCCAUGUCAUAAGAAUCACACGUGAUGCAGUGAGGGAGAGUUUCACUCUUCAGAUUUAUAGUUGUAAUGUCACAAGAGUCACUCAGUCAAACUUUUACUCAUAUUAUAUUUUACCUUUACUUUACAGUUAUUCGUUUUGAGAUAUUUGGCAUUUACUUAGUUAGGAACUCAGGCCUGCAAAGCAUAGCUCAGCAUUGCUUUCUAGUACAUGAUGUCAGUAUGUUAUAUUGUUUUUCUCUAAAUCACUGCUUUUCUAAUGGUGUGUGGAUAGUCUUUGGUUAGCUCCUAUAAUAUAAUGCAAAUUUACACUGUCUUCUGUUUUAAGAUGUUUGUCUAGAUAUGAUACUUGAGAAAUUAUUUUACGCCUGAAAGAUUGGUUAUCUAAAAUGUUUGAUUAAAUUAAAUUAUGAUGUGCCAUUAAGAUAGUUAGGCAACUAGAUUUCUUACACAUGGAUAAUUUUAGUUUUGAAAAAUAUAUGUAUUACAACUUUGUCUUGAUAUGUAAACAUGACAUCAGGAAAUGCAGCUAAAGGCUUUGGAUGUAAAAAAAGAGAAAAUGUUUUGUAUUUGAGCAUUAAAUUUCAUAAACACUUGUAGUUCAUGCA